AUGACGAAACGAAGCAAAUCAAAACGGCAGGCAAGCAGUUCCCCUGAAGAAGCGACUUUGCAGAAUACAUCCACCAGAUCUGCUAAGCUCAAGCAACAACGCACCAUGAAUGUGCCAAACAAUAUUGUCCAAAUGGACGAUGGAUCUAAUGUUGGAUCUCUAACAUCAUCUGAUACAGGCACAGGUAGCUCCAUCUUGUCUCUAGCAGAUCUUCGUAAACUCAUCCAACAAGAUAUCACAAAUGCGACUCAUCAAACCAUGCAACGCAUCGACGGUGUGGCAAGCCGUAUUGAUGGAGCUAUCAGCAAGCUACAAUCUGAUGUUGAAGAGAUGAAGGACUCUCAGCAGUUCAUUUCGAAUGAAUUUGAAUCCGUUAAACACACACUCUCUGAGCACGAUAACGAAAUACGUUCUACGUCAGAGCAAAUCAAAUGCCUAAAGGAAGACAAUUCUACCCUGCGUAACCACCUGGAAGAGUUGAACUACGAGGUUAAUGUUCUCAAACAGAAAAGUCUGGAGAGUAACUUUCUCAUAUCGAACCUGAUCAAAACAAAUGAUGAAAAUUUAUGUAUGUUGGUUGAAAGUAUCGCAAGACUGUUGGAUAUUCCGUUUAAUGCUGCAAACAUCCUUGGGGUUUCGCGGCUGUCUUCAAAGAACCAGAAAGAUAUUCAACCUGUAUUGGUACGGUGUACUACCGUUUAUGUGAAGGAGCAAUUUAUGAAUGCCAUCAAAGGACGUCCAAUCACGUGUGAAGAGAUAGGUCUCGGAGUCAAACAGCAAAUUUUCAUCAAUCAUCAUCUUACAUCAAUCAACCAGCGUAUAUUGGGUGCAACACGGAAGUUCAAGAAGGAUUACAACUACCGCUUUGUUUGGUUUGCAAAUGGCUCAGUAUUUCUGAGGAAAGAUGAGAAUUCCAAAAUAAUCCGAGUAAACGAUGUUCAUGAUCUGCCUAAUACAUAA